AACAUCCGCCGCUCGCGGUCGAAUACUUCCAUUUCCACCAGGAGCAAUCGCCCGCUGUCUCGCGCAUCCGCGACGAGCAUCCAUUCGUUCGACCAGCACGACCUGCACACGCAAUUCCAGCAACAGCAACCGCCGCCGCACCAAGCCCAGCCGACCGCCUACGCCCAACAACAAUACAACACAUCGUAUGCCCCGCUUGAGCCCGCCCUCCUCCAGGCCGCCCAGCAUGUCAGCCAGCAGGAGAACAUGUCCAUGGAUCCCGUCCACCAGCUGUUGGGAUAUACCGGAGAGGCGUCGGGCAGCCAGGCGCAUGGCCUGCCGUUGCAGCAUAUCGACCCCAACAGCCAAGCGCACACGUUCCAAGCCGCAGUGUCGCAGCCACCUCCGCAGCAGUUCGUAGCCGCGCCGGCCGAGAGCGAGGAGAAAAAGAAGAAGGCGGGAAAUGCAGGCAACGCCACCAACGACAAGGAAUUGCGCCAGAUGCUCGCACAAAACGACGGCCGCAAGCUGAACGACGUCGCCGCGGAGGUGAUUGCCAAUGACCGCACGUCUCGAUCCGAGAAGUCCAAGCAGCUUUUUGCUAUGCUUUGGCUGAAGUCAGUUUGCCGCACCGCAAAGACAUCUGUACCCCGUAAUCGAGUCUACUCGAAAUACGCAGAGCGCUGUGGCACCGAGCGCGUGAUACCGCUGAACCCGGCCUCGUUUGGAAAGCUCGUUAGGGUCAUCUUCCCUGGCAUCCAGACUAGGCGCUUAGGCGUUCGGGGAGAAUCGAAAUACCACUACGUCGACCUUGCUCUCAUCAACGACAGCGAAGAGGGCGACGAGCCCCGGCGCCCAGCGACGGGCAGCAUGCCGCAGCAUGCUCUGAGGCGGCAGAGCUCUCCAGGCCCUAGGCUGGACUUCAAUUCAAUGCCGCGACUCCCAGCCGACACUGCUGCGUUCCCUCCUCAAGAUCAAGCUUUCGAAUCGAGUACCAGUUACUUCUCACAAGGCUCGUCGAAAGGCCGUCUUUUCACCGAUAUUUACUCUAAACAGUUCCGCCCUUCGAACAGCCGCACAGCUCCGGCGUAUGAUUGCGAACUUAGAUUCCCCAGUCCCGACGUCCUAGCAGCACCGGACUCCCUCGACAUUGCGCUACCGGACAUUACGCCGUAUCUCCCUACCCGUACCGAUUCUGACGCUGCCGAAGCACUCGUUGCGCUGUACCGCACUCAUUGCACUUCGUUGGUCGACUCGGUUCGAUACUGUAAAGAGAAGCAGUUCUUCCGACUUUAUGGUUCCUUCCAUGGCACCCUGACCGUCCCUGUGCAGAAGCUGUUCGCUAUGCCGGAGCUGGCCCCGUGGAUCCGCGAGUGCGACUGGAUGAUGUACCAAAAGAUGAUCCGCAACGUUUCGCAGCUCACUUUGCAAGUUGCGCCACAGCCCGUUCUUCGCUUUUUAGAUAACGUUGCAAAGUUAUUGCACGACCAUAUCAGCAAGGUCUUCCAGGCGCUUCCGACGCACGUUCUCGAAGCAAAGCUUGAGCCAGCAACUUUGUUCUCCCACCUGCUCCGGCAGAUGCUGCGAGUAAAUCAGACGGCGCAUGCAGCUGCUGUCAUGCUAACUGCCGACGACCACCGCGAUCGUAUGUGGGGAGACUGGCAUGCAUACGUCAACAUGAAGCGGAUCAUUGAGAACGAACUGCCGCAAUCGUGUGGGCACGAAGAGGUCUACAAUAUCCUAACGACAGAGAUUCGGGGCAUGCUCCUUCCUCUGAAGCCUGAAAUGUGGUUACCGGACGGUACGCUCUACCACAUUUCUUCUCCCGAUCCCCUCAUCGAUCCCGUGCAGGAGACCGUCAUCGACCGCAUCGCAGCUUUCCUCAUUAAGCUUCCCUCUCGGUUUCCUCACGUCCCCGCGCGAACCAUCCUGCACUGCAUUAACGCACUCGGAUCCGCCGCUCUCCGAGAAAUUACCGUCGAAAAUGGGCAGAGCUUCCAAGGCUGGUGGCUGACCAAGGUCUUCAUCGAUGAGAUGACCCAGUGGCUAGCAUCUCUCGGUGGAUUCCUAUCACAUACGCCUACGAAUUGGAAUUCUCUCACCUACUCCCCUGGCCUCAUGGGAGAGUCCAUGAAUGGGGGUAUGACCAAUGGGGGUAGCGGUAGCAACGAGAGUAGGUAUAGUAGUAUUGAUGCAGAUUUUGGGCCGAGUCAGUCCUUCAUGGCGAAUAAUAGCAACGUUUCCAUGCAGGAUGCGGGCAGCACAAGCCAAGAAAUCAAUACUCGACGGCAUAUUGAACAACAUGAUCAAAUAAGCUUCAAUCUGGACCUCGAUUUUGCCACCUCCCAGCAGGAAGCCAACCUCGAUGAUAGCGGCAUCGUCCUCGAGGACGGAAUCGACGCGAAAUUCGCUUCGGAUAUACAGCACUCGCUACGGUCACAUCUAACGCAACUACCGACCGGCGUGAGCUAGCCGGCCCACCCCGUUCCAGUGCCACUCUCCUUCUGCUAUUUCUUACAUCCGCACCUGCCGCUUUCUCUGGAAGCCCCUCUAAAACCGCCAUCUCACUAUUUACGCGCUACGACGUCUCCGAUGUUACGACUCAUCCCAAAAUAACGGCUGGUUCUGCGGGCACGUCUUGUUUAUACCCUUUAAUCUUGUACAUUGGGCUCGAAUCGCACAGUGCGCGACGCGGCGCCAGGUCUCUCUGUUUUCCGUGCGACGAAGACGGCGUUCUUUCUCACGCACUUCUUCUUCCGGCUUGCCUGUUGCCUGUCUGGGGCUUAUCGCAAUCCUUGGGUUGAGAGGGCUUGAUUUGGGUGGGUGGCGUCUUGCUUUGCGACGUAGAUCUGACUUGGUGAAUGUGGAGG